CUUAGUGCUUGAGAACAGGGAAGAGCGGUUUAGCUGAGAAAUGAUAAGGUCAUUGUGUGUGAGUGUCUCCGGUCAGCGUGCCUUUACUAACACACACUGAUUAACACCAUGUGUUUAUUAUCGCUAUAAUGGAGCGGAGACAAGUCUCAGCGCGUGGAUGAUUUACUGCACUGAUAUUUAAAGGAGAAAAAGCCACAUUAUAGAUAUAAGCUGAUCAAGGUGGCGCUAACACAUCAGGACGGACUGAGAAUACACACAAGGCCUCAGGAUGUUGCGUCUGGCGUGUACCACCGUGCUGCUCUUCGUGCUCAGGUUACUCCUGGCUUUACCCUGGGUUCAGGUUCUUCCUGCUGUCCUUAUCUUCUUCCUGGGAACCGGGGGCUGGACGUCGCUGCGCAUCUUUACGAAGACCAUCGGCCGAGACCUGCAUGCGGCCUUGGUGCUGCUGAAGGUGAAGCUGAACGUGAAGCGUCAUCUGCGUCAGCGUAACACCAUCCCUAAGAUCUUCGCCGAAACGCUACAGAAGUACGGCGACAAGACGGCGCUGAUCUUCGAGGGCACGGGCGAGCGGUGGAGCUUCAGACAGCUGGACGAGUACUCCAACCGCGUGGCCAACCUGCUGCACCAGCGCGGCUUCAGGGAGGGCGACGUGGUGGCUCUGUUCAUGGAGAACCGCUCGCAGUACGUCGGCCUGUGGCUGGGCAUGGCCAAGAUCGGCAUCGAGGCGGCGCUCAUCAACUUCAACCUGCGUCUGGAGGCUCUGGUGCACUGCGUCAACAUCUCCAACGCCAAAGCCGUGGUGUUCGGCAGCGAACUGACUGACGCGAUGUCUGAGGUGAACAGCUCCAUGGGGAAAUCUGUAAAGCUCUUCUGUUCUGGUGACUGGGAUCCCAAACGAGUUCCUGAAGGAACCGAGUGUUUAGAGCCGCUCCUCCAGGCCGCGCCCACACACAAGCCCAGCCAACCACAGCGAGGCUUCACCGAUCGUCUCUUCUACAUUUACACAUCAGGAACUACAGGAAUGCCCAAAGCUGCGAUCGUCGUCCACAGCAGGUAUUAUCGUAUGGCUGCUCUGGUUUAUUACGGUUUCAGGAUGCGGCCGGAGGACGUGCUGUACGACUGUCUCCCUCUUUACCACUCAGCAGGGAACAUCGUGGGCGUCGGUCAGUGUCUGAUCCACGGCAUGACCGUUGUCAUCAAGAAGAAGUUCUCAGCAUCCAAAUUCUGGGACGACUGCAUAAAGUACAACUGCACGAUAGUGCAGUAUAUUGGUGAGAUCUGUCGUUACUUGUUGAAUCAGCCGGUGCGGGACGUGGAGCAGCGUCACCGUGUGCGCAUGGCUCUGGGUAACGGCCUACGUCAGUCCAUCUGGGAGGAGUUCAUGCAGAGAUUCAACAUACCGCAGAUCGCAGAGUUCUACGGAGCCACAGAGUGUAACUGCAGCCUCGGCAACUUCGAUAACAAGACUGGUGCAUGUGGCUUUAACAGUCGUAUCCUGCCCUUCGUCUACCCCAUCCGUCUGGUCCGAGUGGACGAAGAGACCAUGGAGCUCAUCAGAGGACCUGAUGGAGUGUGUAUACCGUGUGGUCCAGGUGAACCCGGGCAGCUGGUGGGCAGAAUCAUCCAGAACGACCCCCUGAGACGCUUCGACGGCUACGUUAACCAGGCCGCCACCAGUAAAAAAAUCGCACAGAGUGUCUUUAAGAAAGGGGACAGCGCCUACCUGUCAGGAGACGUGCUGGUGAUGGACGAGUUCGGCCACAUGUACUUCAGAGACCGUACCGGAGACACGUUCCGCUGGAAGGGUGAGAACGUCUCCACUACUGAGGUGGAGGGAACGCUGAGCCGCCUGCUGGACAUGAAGGAUGUGGUGGUGUACGGUGUCGAGGUUCCAGGUGCUGAAGGUAAAGCCGGCAUGGCAGCCAUCGCAGACCCGGACCACACCUCAGACCUGGGGAAGUUCAGCAGGGAGCUGGAGAAGGCGCUGCCCCCUUACGCCCGCCCGGUGUUCCUGCGCUUCCUGCCUGAGGUCAACAAGACAGGAACCUUUAAGUUCCAGAAGACGGAGCUUCGCCACGAAGGUUUCGACCCGAAGGUGGUGUCCGAUAAGCUCUACUUCCUGGACUGCACUAAAGGAUGCUACGUCGAGCUGGAUGCCGAACUCCACCGCAGCAUCAUCUCGGGGAAGCAAAAAUUCUGAAGAAACCGCUCUGCCGACUCCGCCCACUUCCUCGAACAUCCCUCAUCAGACCCCUCCCCAGGAACCUUUCAACGCCUCGCCCCUUGUUACCUCAGCAACUAUGUGAGGGGCAUCAAGCGCACUCCACCUCCCAGUUCGCUCCUUCACCCGGAUACCCGAAGUGCCCCACCCUCCACCCACCGUGGGCAGGAUGACACGGACGCUGAUACGCAUCAUUAUAACGGUUUAUGGCACAAGGAGCGAGAGAACACGCCUCCCUCCUCGGUCCGUUCUGCACAACGGCUGCUUGUUUAGAAAGUUGAAUCCCGAACGCACCCUGAAAAAAAAAAAAAAAAACUCUCCACUCGACGACGUCACGUGUCGGUCGUCACACAGCAGUGCAACAGACAGCCGUUAAAGUGACUCUGUGUGCAAACGCUAUUUAUUUUAAUCUUUUCCUGCACCAAAAAAUAUUUAAGUUGUAGAAUAGCGUCUAUUUAUAAAACCAUGAGUUAAUUGUAUCGUAAA